UGUCCCUGAUGUCCUCACCUCUGUGACAAAAACAUGGGGAAAGACAAAAGAAGAGAAAGUGCUGGCCAUCAAGUUACUAUUCCUUUCAAAACAAAAGAAAGUUUGAAAAAGGAUAACAAGAAGCUAUCACGAGAAUUGCGUGAACUACAGCGCCGCUUCCAGGAGGUCACCAAUGUUAUCCACCAUCUGGAGCUUGAUUAUGAAUCUUCCAAGGACAGCCCACCACCUAUGAGGUAUAACAUGCUGAAGGAGAUCAUCAAAAGAUCAACAACUGAUGAAAUACUUGAGAAAUCCCGUCCACCAUCACCCAAGGAUGUCAAAGCUGCAGCCAAGCGGGCAGGAGCUGAUGACAUAUCAGUUACAUCAAGGCACCCCAGUAACACCAAGGAUUCCCCAUCACACCAGAAGGUGACAAGCAGGGGAGCCCUAGAAGGGACCACAGGCGGCCUACUGGCAUCCUGCAAGGGGUUUGCAGGGCUGUCUGAUCAAACAGCAGGCGUCACGGAAAACAAAAUAGCAUCCCGUGAUAUGCGAAUGUCUAAGAAGGAGGUGGCUACUGACAAUGACCAGAUAAUUAAAGAGAUUGUCAGGCUUUGAGAGUCGCUUCCUUAGAGCUCAUAACAGACUCACAAAGCUCCGACAAGAUUACGAAAACUCCAAAGGAAUGCUGUUUCCAAGGAGAUACGCCGCCAUGAAAAACAUGAUCAAA